UGUAUCGCUAAACGCCAGCAGCUACGCUAAUGCUGGCUGAAUGCGCGUCCUGCUGUUUGUGACCACACUCAACCACUUCAUACUUUCUAACAACGCAUUUAUCGUACGAUCGUACGUGCCACCACAAUCUGUCUGCAACGCGACUUCUGGAACCUCGUGCUUUGCAGAGCUUUUCGAAAUGAUGGGAGAAGUGUGUACUGAAAAACAUUUGGCGUUCAAAUGUGUGCAUUAUACGUGGUUAGACGAAUGUUUCGAACGCCGGGUUGGAAAAUGUGAUGCUAACGCUGUAAGUAGUGCAGGAGCUGCAGGAUACAGGGUAGCAUUGGCUCGAUGUGACUACAGAAGAUCACGCAGCUCAUCUGAAGGGACCACACCGCUGAUUGGAACGGGUCCCGAUGAAGCGCCAUCGCGAUUGCAACUGGUAUCCACAUUGGGUUACCUUCAAACUCAGUGCGCACUGAGCCGAAGCAAGAACUGCUCCAGUGAACACGUACAUAAUAUAAUGGCACAAUGUGAAGAGCGAAUGAAGCCACGAGCUGGAUAUCCACAGUUUGACAGACACAGAUUGCUACGAAUCAAACUGGACACGUCAAAAAAAUUGUUGCUCUAUUCUGAAACGGACAAGGAGAGGGAAUGCUUGGUAGUUCGAUCGACACUUUCGGAAAUGUACACGCUGCAUCAUGCGCACUGUUAUCAUUCACUAGUGACCCGUUGCCUUUGUGAACGCCUACGUCUCGAUGCUCUAUGUAAAAUCCAGUGUGAUCGACUUGAACCAACAUCUCCUAACCAGGAUCGGCUGGCUUGGGAUGAAUGGCGAGAUGCACGCCUUAUUUCAUCAUUGGCAUCUUUGUCAAGUAUUGUUACUGUUCUGGUAAUUGCCUUCUUUUUCGAAUUGCUGCGGUAAUCUAUUGUGACAAUUUUUCAAUUUUUGUGACCAAAAAAGAACAACAGCGAACGGAUGUCGUAUUUAUUUCACUG